AUACACUGUGUGUGCCAUGUGUUUUCCGGUCCCCCUUCAGGUCACACUGUGAUUUAGUAUGUCAGCUGUACGAGUGUUGGGUGCAGGAGGUAGAGGGUCACUCUUCUCCAAGCUGUGCGUCCUCUCCAGGGUACCCAGCACAGUAAUACAGCAAAGAAACCACACGUUACAAAAUGCUCAAGAAGAUAUGCCACUACAGAUGGAUAAUCCUUAUAAAGAGCCUCCUAAGAAGUGCAUCUUGUGUGGAGUUACAGUAGAUUACAAAAAUACUCAGCUGUUGUCUCAGUUUGUUUCACCUCACACUGGUCACAUCUAUGGCAGACAUAUAACUGGUUUAUGUGGGAAAAAGCAAAAGGCAAUCGCAAAUGCCAUUAAAAGAGCCCAAAUAAUGGGAUAUAUGCCAGUUACAUACAAGGAUCCUUCAUUUCUCAAAGAUCCAAAAAUUUGUGAUAUCUAAAACCGCGUCAGCUUCAUAUUGUGCUAAUAAAUAUUUGUUUUCAUUAAAAA